AAGAGCCCAGGCCGCCGUGCGGGUGCGCCUCGCGCCGGAGACCGGGAACGAUGAGAGUGCAGGUGGAGUUUCAGAAAUCCUGGAUUGAAGGAGUAUUUGAAAAGAGAGAAUGUAACAAAGUCAUACCGAGUUCAAAAGACCCGCACAGAUGUACUUCAGGAUGCCAGGUGUGUCAGAAUUUAAUCAGAUGUUACUGUGGUCGAUUGAUUGGAGACCAUCAUGGAAUAGAUUAUGCCUGGAGCAUGUCAGCUGCGAAGGAUGAUGAAAAUGAACAAUGGUCUGUUGAGAAACACACAACGAAAAGUCCUACAGAUACCUUUGGCACCAUUAACUUCCAAGAUGGAGAUCACAUCUACCACUCCAAGUAUAUCAGAACAUCUUAUGAUACAAAAUUGGAUCAUCUUUUACAUUUAAUGUUGCAAGAGUGGAAGAUGGAAUUGCCAAAGCUGGUGAUCUCCGUCCAUGGGGGCAUCCAGAGCUUUAGGAUGCCUUCCAAGAUUAAAGAGAUCUUCAGUCAAGGUUUGGUCAAAGCCGCAGAGACCACAGGGGCGUGGAUAAUAACCGAAGGCAUCAAUACUGGAGUGUCCAAGCAUGUUGGAGAUGCCCUGAAAGCUCAUUCCUCUAAGUCCUUGAGAAAAAUCUGGACAGUUGGAAUCCCUCCUUGGGGUGUCAUUGAGAACCAGAAAGAUCUUAUUGGAAAAGAUGUGGUGUGCCUGUACCAGACUCUGGGGAACCCCCUUAGUAAGCUCACCACCCUCAACAGCAUGCACUCACACUUCAUCCUGGCUGACGAUGGUACCGUGGGCAAGUAUGGCAAUGAAAUGAAACUCCGGAGGAACCUGGAAAAAUACCUCUCACUGCAGAAGAUACACAGCUGCUCAAGACAAGGCGUGCCUGUGGUGGGGCUCGUGGUGGAAGGAGGCCCCAAUGUCAUCCUCUCCGUGUGGGAGACUGUCAAAGACAAAGAUCCAGUGGUGGUGUAUGAAGGCACUGGCAGAGCUGCUGAUCUCCUGGCCUUCACCUACAAACACUUAGGAGACCAAGGGAUACUUCGUCCUCAGGUGAAAGAGGAGAUCAUUUGCAUGAUUCAGAGCACUUUCAACUUUAGUCUUAAACAGUCCCAGCACCUUUUUCAAAUUCUAAUGCAAUGUAUGGUGCACAGGGAUUCUAUUACCAUAUUUGAUGCUGAUUCUGAAGAACAGCAGGAUCUUGACUUAGCAAUCCUAACAGCUUUGCUGAAGAGAACAAAUUUAUCAGCAUCAGAACAAUUAAAUCUGGCAAUGGCUUGGGACAGAACAGACAUUGCCAAGAAACAUAUCCUAAUUUAUGGACAACAUUGGAAGUCUGGUGCACUGGAACAAGCAAUGUUAGAUGCUUUAGUGAUGGAUCGGGUAGAUUUUGUGAAACUCUUAAUAGAAUAUGGAGUGAACCUCCAUCGAUUUCUUACCAUCCCCCGACUGGAAGAGCUCUAUAAUACAAAACAGGGACCUACCAAUAUGCUCCUGCAUCAUCUUGUCCAAGAUGUAAAACAGCAUACCCUUCUCUCAAACUAUAAAAUAACAUUGAUUGAUAUUGGAUUGGUAAUAGAACACCUCAUUGGUGGAGCAUAUCGCAGCAGCUACACUAGAAAAACUUUCAGAGCCCUCUACAAUAACUUCUACAGAACAUAUAAGGGGGCCAACAGCUUUCCUCAAAGUCUUUCCCAGCAUUCCCUUCACCGGAGACACCACUCGGGAAAUAGAAAUGAGUCUGCAGAAAGCACACUGCACUCUCAGUUCAUUAGAACUGCCCAGCCCUACAAAGUGAAGGAAAAGUCUGCUACAGUCCUGCAUAAAUCAAGGAAGAAGUCAAAAGAUGGACAAACUCUAUCAGAUGACCCUGAAUCUCCUGGCUUCACUUACCCAUACAAUGACCUCCUGGUCUGGGCUGUGCUAAUGAAAAGGCAGAGGAUGGCCAUGUUCUUCUGGCAGCAUGGAGAGGAGGCCACGGUUAAGGCAGUGAUUGCGUGUAUACUCUACCAAGCAAUGGCCCGUGAAGCUGAGGAGAACAACAUGGUUGAUGACACUUCAGAAGAGUUGAAAAAUUACUCAAAACAGUUUAGCCAGCUUGCCCUGGAUGUGCUGGAGAAGGCAUUCAAGCAGAAUGAGCGAAUGGCCAUGAAGCUGUUGACCUGUGAACUCAAGAACUGGAGCAAUUCCACCUGUUUGAAACUGGCGGUGUCUGGAGGACUGCAGCCUGUCGUUUCGCAUUCUUGUACCCAAAUGCUGCUGACAGACAUGUGGACAGGGCGCCUGAAAAUGAGGAAAAACUCUUGGUUAAAGAUCAUCAUAAGUAUUCUUUUGCCACCCACCAUUUUGACAUUGGAAUUUAAGAGCAAAGCUGAGAUGUCACAUGUUCCACAGUCCCAGGACUUCCAGUUCACAUGGUAUUAUGGUGACCAGAACUCUAGUACCACCAAAGAAAAUGCUUGCCCGAAAAAUCAUGACUUGGAAAAAGGCUCUGAUGAAAAACAGGAUGAAAAUCAGCACUUUGAUAUAAAGAAUGGGCCCAAAAGCCUUCCGUGGACCCGGAAACUCUAUGAAUUCUACUGUGCUCCCAUUGUCAAGUUUUGGUUUUAUACGAUGGCAUAUUUGGCGUUCCUCAUGCUGUUCACUUACACGGUGUUGGUGGAGAUGCAGCCCCAGCCCAGCGUGCAAGAGUGGCUUGUUAUCAUUUAUAUCAUCACCAGUGCGUUAGAGAAAGCCAGGGAGGCACAUCAGCAGGGAGCUGGAUCAGAAGUGGAGCAGCCGGGUUUCAAACCAGAGCCCAUAUGGGAUGCUGGCAUCGCAGGCAGAGGCUUUACCCGCCAUAUCAUAACAUCGUCCCCAGCAAUUUCUUAUAAUAUUGGUUUUGGUCUUCGGUGGGGUGAGCCUCCUUUUCGCACAGCAGGAAGACUGAUAUACUGCAUCGACACCAUAUUUUGGUACACACAGCUCCUGGACUUCUUUGCUGUGAAUCAACAUGCAGGUCCGUAUGUGACCAUGAUUGCGAAAAUGACAGCAAACAUGUUCUACAUUGUGAUCAUAAUGGCCAUAGUUCUACUGAGCUUUGGAGUGGCACGCAAGGCUAUCCUUUCCCCGAAGGAGCCUCCAUCAUGGAGCCUAGCACGAGAUAUAGUAUUUGAGCCAUACUGGAUGAUGUAUGGAGAAGUCUAUGCCUCAGAAAUUGAUGUUUGUGAAAGCACACCAUCCUGCCCUCCUGGUUCUUUUCUUACUCCAUUCCUGCAAGCUGUCUACCUCUUUGUGCAAUACAUCAUCAUGGUGAACCUGUUGAUUUCUUUCUGCAACAAUGUUUAUGUGGAAAUGAUAUCCAUUUCCAAUAAACUGUGGAGGUACAAUCGCUAUCGCUACAUCAUGACCUACCAUGAGAAGCUGUGGCUGCCCCCUCCCUUCAUCCUGCUGAGCCACGUGGGCCUCCUCCUCCGUCGUCUUUGCUGUCAACGCACUCCCAGUGACCAAGAAGAGGGGGAUGUUGGAUUAAAACUCUACCUGAGUAAGGAAGAUCUGAAAAAACUUCAUGACUUUGAAGAGGAAUGUGUGGAAAAAUACUUCCAUGAGAAGAUGGAAUGUCUGAACUGUAGUUCUGAAGAACGAAUCCGCGUGACAUCGGAAAGGGUCACAGAGAUGUACCUGCACAUGAAGGAAAUGAAUGAAAAGGUGUCUUUUAUAAAGGACUCCUUACUGUCUCUGGACAGCCAGGUGGGACACCUGCAGGACCUCUCAGCCCUCACUGUGGACACCCUCAAAGUUCUUUCUGCUGUCGACACCUUGCAAGAGGAUAAGGCUCUGCUGGUCGAGAGAAAGCAUCCUACUUGCAGAAAAGUUCCCCACAGCUGGAACAAUGUCAUCUGUGCAGAGAUGUUAGGCAGUGUGGGGCUCUCUGGGGGGAAGAAAUUGCAGUACUACAGCAUGCCCCCUUCGUUGCUGCGGAGCCUGGCGAGAAGCCAGCAUCAGCCAGGAUCACAGCGGCGAGCCCUUCUGCAGAUUACAGGCAGUCAGAGAGAGACUGCCAGUGUGAGCGAUGACCAGAAACAGCAAGCAACAGAAACAAGAAUUGUUGAUUCUGGGAUGUCCCUCAACAGACAAGCACGCACCAAGUAUGGCAAGUUUCUCCUGGUCCCUUCUUAUCUAAAGCAAGUUCCUUUUUCUGCAGAAACUAUUUUGCCUCCGUCCAGACCCUCUAUGGAAGCAAAAGAAGAUGUGCUGGCAACUGAGCAGGUGUAUCAAAGUGAGGUUACUGAUCACCCGAAUUGGCAGACACCAGUAGUCUCAGAGCAGGCAUCAGUGGCUGAACCCCAGGAACAGGACGAGCCAGUCACUCAGACACCAGACAAACAGGACAAGGUAGAGCAAACUCUUCCCACUCUGAGUUGCACGCCUACACCCCUGGCAAUGACCUCCCUUCCUUCCCAAGCCAAGAGCAGUUACACUGGAGGCGGAUAUGUGAACUGGGCAUUUUCAGAAGGUAAUGAACCCGGUGUGUUCAGCAUCAGGAGAAAAUGGCAAACCUGCUUGCCCUCCACUCAUAGUAGUGACUCCACUCAGAGUGAACCAAGCCAGCUGCAGAGUCAAAGCCCAUCACUAUCUGAGAACCCAACGAGACUGGCCCAGACUAGUGACUGCUCAGAGGAGCGACCAUGGCUGCAGCCAGAUACAUCUUUCUGGAUCAGUUCUCUCUGCAGAGACAAGUCCUUCCUUAGAAGUCAUAGUUUUAGAUUCUACAAGGAAGAGAAGUUGAUGAAGAUCUGUAAGAGUAAGACUAAUUCAAGAUACUCAGAGACAGGGGCAGCAUGGAUCAAAGCAAAAAUGUUAACAAACAAGAGAUUGCCAAAGAAAAAGAAGAAAACACAGGGACUACAAGUACCAGUCAUAACAGUCAACACCUGCUGUCGCAGUGACCAGCUGGAAUCAGAGCCAGGAAAAGACAACACCGCAAAAGAAAACUGCAGCAAGACCUGGCUCACAGUGUCUGGACUUGGUCAUAUACACGAGGAAGAGUCUCCAGCCUUUGAUUCCAGAAGCCUGGCAUCGUCUCAGGGUCUAGAACCUUAUAGGUAUCAGAAAAUGAAAACUAAAGAAAUUGAACAACAAUCUAUACAAGUUGGUGAUUCCCUAAAGCAGUCUCAAGAGGAUCUGAAGGAAGCAUCUCUCUGGAAUUCCAGGAGCACCAACCUCAGUAGGAGCUCUCUGUUGAGAAGUUCAGAUGGAGUCGACAAGAUCUCAGCCUCCUUAAAAAGCCCUCAAGAGUCUCACCAUCAUUAUUCAGCCAUUGAAAGGAAUAAUUUAAUGAGGCUCUCUCAGAACAUACCAUUUACACCAAUCCAACUGUUGGCAGGAGAAGAAGUAACCCUCUACAGACUGGAAGAGAGUUCCCCCAUGAACCUAGAUAAAAGCAUGUCCUCCUGGUCCCAGCGUGGGAGAUCUGCCAUGAUCCAAGUGUUGUCCCAAGAGGAGAUGGGUGGGGGCCUCCGCAGAGCCAUGCGAGUUAUCAGCACUUUGUCUGAGGAUGAUGUUCUUGAGCCAGGACAGGUUUUCAUUGUGAAGUCCUUUCUCCCUGAAGUUGUGCAGACGUGGUAUAAAAUCUUCCAGGAGAGUACAGUGCUUCAUCUUUGCCUCAGGGAAAUUCAACAACAAAGAGCUGCUCAAAAACUAAUCUAUACCUUCAACCAAGUGAAACCACACACCAUUCGCUACACGCCAAGGUUCCUGGAAGUUUUCUUAAUCUAUUGCCAUUCAGCCAACCAAUGGUUGACUAUUGAGAAGUAUAUGACAGGGGAGUUCCGGAAGUACAACAACAACAACGGUGAUGAAAUCACUCCCCGCAACACCCUGGAAGAGCUGAUGUUGGCUUUCUCUCACUGGACCUAUGAGUAUACUCGGGGAGAGCUGCUGGUUUUAGAUUUGCAAGGUGUUGGAGAAGAUUUGACAGAUCCAUCUGUUAUAAAACCUGAAGACAAACAAUCAAGAGGAAUGGUGUUUGGACCAGCCAAUUUAGGGGAAGAUGCAAUUAGAAACUUCAUUGCAAAACAUCGUUGCAACUCCUGCUGCCGGAAGCUCAAACUCCUGGAUUUAAAAAGAAACGACUAUUCCCCUGGGAGGAUAAAUUCUACCUUAGGACUUGACAUCAAAAAACCACCUGAGGGGCCUUCAGAGAAGGAAAGAGAUGAAAAUUCCCCAGAAGACCAUACACGGCUGUAAAAGGAGAAGCAGAAAGACAAUCGUCCUUGCCCUGCCUGCGGCGAACUCUAUGGUGACAUCAAUAGACUGAUCGACACUGAGUACGGCAGAGCCGCAGCAGGACAGCCUUAUGUGUGUGCCUCGCUGGGACCAGCCUUCUGAGCCUACCAUCUCCCCUUGCCCAAAGGCCUCUUUGGUCUAUGAUGAAUGAGAUCUCCUAUAUAUAGACCUUGGUACAGGGGGAUUUGCAUGUGUUCUCCAUCCUCAGGUUCCACAUGAAGAUACUUGGAUGAGUCAGCAGGGAAUAUUGUUCUUUUAUACCUCAUUGCUUUAGCUGGUCGCUAGGAAUCCUUGGAGCAAAUUACUGUGCAAUAAAGAACCAGGGGGAUGAAUUUAAUUUAUUUUCUCACUAUGUGUGCAGACUCUACCCCCUACUGCUAUUCAUGACCUCACCCAUACAUUGUACUUAUGUUUAUAUAUGUACAUUAAAAAGUUAUUUGACUUCUUCUUCUUCUCUCUCCAGCAGUCCAGGGCUUUAAAUAGCAACAGUGGGGAGAACAGUGGGAUGAAGGUGUAUUUGUGCAGACUGGAGCACAUUCCUGUACAAGCUAACUAGUAAAGAGUAUCCUGGUGAAAUCUAGAUGGGUUUGAGCUAUUGUCGCUGAAUCAUGUGAUGCUUGGGCAUUUCAGAUUGCUCUGAAAGAAAGGAAAAGGGAAAUCUAGAGCAAAUGACCUCAGUUCCCAAACUCCCUUUCUUUAGACAGGACGACAAGGGUGCAUAAAACUGGAAAUUAUUGGAAGAGUUUCCUUUUGCUUAUGCUCAGGAUUACUAUCAGAGAGUGGACCAAGUCAACCUCAGAAACACCACUCUUUCUCCAAAGCUGUGUGUACAAGGGUACUUCAGAAAUGUCAUGGAGA